AUGGCUCGUACAAAGAAACCGGCCCGCAAAUCCACAGAAGGCAAGGCUUCGCGCAGACAGCUGGCCACUAAGGCAGCUGGAAAAAGCGCCCCCGCCACUGGUGGUGUGAAAAAACCGCAUUGCUACAGGCCCGGGAUUGUCGCGCAUCGUGAAAUCCGUCGCUAG